AUGAACAAGACCCUCCGUGUCUUGGCUCCGGGCCUUUCUCUGGCCGGCCGCCCUCCUCCUCUCCACCGCCUACAGGAAGCCUUUCCCCAUCCCUCUCAGUGCCCGUGGCACCUAGCAGUGGCCUCCCUCCAGAUCUGGCACAUUGCUUCACCUGAUGCCCGUUCUGAUGCCAAGACCCGAGAUCUUCGUCCCUUAGACAUCCUCUCCGAGGUCAUCCCUGUGAGUGGUGGUGGCAGCCCCUCUGGUGGGCUGCGGAUGAUUCAGGCCCGAGGAGCCCGGGGCUUCCAGCUCUCCGCCGUGGCCAACACCCGCCUUCUGAGCUUCCCGGCCUCCAGGCUUUUUCUACACUGUGACCUCUUCCCGGAAGAAUUUUCCAUCGUCAUCACCCUGAAGGCCCUCAACCUCCCGCCCAAGAAGAACGAAUACAUCUUCACGGUGGUGGAGGACCUCAGCGACACACUGCUGCUGGGGCUGCGCUACUCGCCCAACAAGCUGCACUUCGUCUUCCUGAGCCGGGAGUCGUCCGGCAGCUGGCAGACCCGAGUGACCUUCCAGGAUGUCCCUCUGACAGACAACCGCUGGCACACGCUGGUCCUGGCUGUGUCUGAAGGCUCCUUUUCACUCAUGGCAGACUGCAGUGUGCCCACGGAUGUGAUUGUGGACACGCCGUUCCCAGUGUCACUGAGCAUGGAGGGAUCCAGGUUUUUCAUUGGGAGUCGGCGGAGAAAGAAGGGCAUCUUCACUGGCUUGUUGAGGCAGCUGGUUCUGCUUCCCGGCUCCGAUGCCACCUCCCGGAUAUGCCCAAGCAGGAACGCUCAGCUGGCCGUGCUGUCCGUCCCUUCCGUCCUGCAAGACCUCACAGGGUCGCCAGCCGACGGGGUGCUUCAUUAUCCUUACGAAGCUGACCUGAAAGUGUCCUUGGGGCCUCGUCCUCAGUGCGCCCGGACGGAAGACGCCCGAUUCUGGUUCGACGUCUCUCGGAGGGGCCUCUACCUGUGCGUGGCCAAUGAGUGGAUAGCCAUGAUAGAAGCCAAGAGGAAGCUGGACUACUUGGAGGAGUACCAGAGCCUGGCCACGCUCUCUGAGACGAUGGGCAUCGAGGUGUUCACCAUCCCCCGCGUGGGGCUCCUGGCCGCCGCCGCCAAUCGCCAGGCCAGUUCCACUAUCUACAAGUGGGUGGAUGGGAAGUUUGUUUCUUAUCAGAACCUGCCCACUCAGCAAGCCCAGGCGUGGAAGCACUUCACCAUAGGAAGAAAGGUCUUCCUGGCCGUGGCGAACCUGGAGCCGAAGGAGAAGGGGCGGCAGGAGUUCUCGGUCAUCUACAAGUGGAGCGCGCGGAAGCUCAAGUUCGUGGCCUACCAGAGGAUCGUCACCCACAGCGCCAGGGACUGGGAGGCCUUCGAGAUCGGCGGCGAGUCCUUCCUGGCCGUGGCCAACCACCGGGAAGGGGACGAUCACAACAUCGACAGCGUCAUCUACAAGUGGAACCCCAGAUCGGGGCUCUUCGAAGCGAACCAGACCAUCGCGACGUCGGGCGCCUACGACUGGGAGUUCUUCACCGUCGGCCCCUACUCGUUCCUGGUGGUGGCCAACACGUUCAACGGCACGUCCACCAGGGUGUUCUCGCACGCCUACGUCUGGCUCGUCGGCUCCUUCCGGCUCUUCCAGUCUUUCCUGACCUUCGGGGCCGCCGACUGGGAAGUCUUCCACAUCGGGGAGCGCCUCUUCCUGGCCGUGGCCAACAGUCACAGCUACGACAGCGAGACUCGAACCCAGAACAACUCGUACGCCGUCAACUCCGUCAUCUACGAGCUGAACGUCACCGCCCAGAUGUUCGUCAAGUUCCAAGACAUCCCCACCUCCAGGCAGUAUUCAGGGCCCUGUGGCUACUUUGCCCUGGGACUGGGGGCUUCCCUGCAGGCUCUUGCCAGGGCUUGGAACUUCAAUGAGUGGGCCUGGGGUACUCUGCUGUUGACUCAGGCCAACUCUCACACCUCGGAGCCUGAAGUCCGAGGGAUGGCCUUUGAGAGGGACAGACUACCAGGCCAGGGCAAGAGGAACAGCCCUUCCCGGCUCUCUUCUCGGGGUUUGGGAGGGACUCCUCAUCCCUUGGGCAGCUCCAACCCCAACAGCUCCCCCCAGGCACCGCCUGCCAUGUUGGAUUUCUUUCUGGGCACAGGCCUGGAGCAGAGCCUGAGGGUGUCCCUGCUCUGUGCCGUCUUCCUCAGACAAGAGAUUGUCCUCCUGGUGCUGCUCACUGGCUUCUGCCUCAAAGUCCUCCCAGUCUUCCAGAGUGUGACCCCCCCACUGCCCUUCUGCUGCUAA